UUUACAUUGCCACUUCAAUCGAACGUGGCGGUAAAAUCGAUGAAACUCGAUCUUUAAUGUAAAUCGAAACGAAUUCUCUAUAAUCGUAUUUAAAAGUUGCAGCCAAAAUUUGAAACUUUUGAUCGUGUGGAUUAAUUGUGCAUUGAAUUGCAAUUUUCGUGCAGUAAAAGUUUGCGAAAGAAAUCCAGAGUUUAUACUUUGCCAGAAGUUUUUAACCUUUUCAUUGUUUUGUGGGUUAGGAAAUCCAAAGCGUUCUGCCAAAUCACAAACGAACAAAAUACGAGUGCAUAAAUACCCAUCAACAAUAGAAAUUGCAAUAGCAAUGGCAACCAAUGGCACCCGUCAGCUACUUCCAGGUGUGAAUGGCCAUGUACCUCAAUCAUUUCAUCAAGAGACUGCUGAACAAUAUAUGCGACUUCUACGAUGAGCAGGACCUCAUAGAUGUAACAUUUAAGUUGUCUAAUCCGAUUGCUAUGAUUCCAGCACACCGCUUGAUACUCUCAGCGGCAAGUUCAUAUUUUAAAGAUUUAUUCAAAAGUGACAAGGGCUUUAAUCCUGUUAUUGAAUUAACGAACAUUGACAGUGACACUUUUGAGCGUUUGAUAACAUUUUGCUACACCGGCAAGGCCCUCAUAACCAUCGAAAAUGUGGACGUAAUGCUGAAGGGAGCAAUAUAUUUGAAGUUGGAUGAAGCGGUUGUCGGUUGUGUUGACUAUAUUUUGCAGCAUAUAUCUGAGUAUACACUGCAGCGGGCAUAUUGCUUACAGCGUGAAACUCGGUGUGUACCACUGAAUGAGAAACUCUUGGAAUAUGAAAUUAAUAAUUUUAUGGAGAUAAGCCAAUGCCCUGAGUUUCUUAGUUUUGAUGCUGAAAAAUUGCAGGCAAUCAUAGAAAGCUGUAAUUUAAAUGUGACUUGUGAGGAAGAUGCCUUUCAUGCUGUGAAGCAGUGGUAUGAGUACGAUUCUUCUGGGCGGCAACAAAAACUACCAGAUUUAAUUAGUAGCUUGCGAUUGACCAAUUUUGACUUAAAUUUCUUAUUGAGAAAUGUCCAAAUACUGCCUGGAUGUGAGUCAUUGGCAUACAAAGCAAUAUCGUGGAUUUCUCUACCUUCGCAUCGUGAAAUGAUAUCAAUAAAGUGUAAAGAACCUCGCAGAAGUAUAUGCAACAAGUCGGUAGAGACAACUUUGCUAGCGGUGCAAGCUUAUGACUGUAAAGGUACAAUUUUUCAAUAUAACCAACCUGAGGAUGAAUGGCAAAACUACGCUGAAUUCGAACAUGAUGCAAACAGAUACGGCAUGGUUCUUAUGGAAGACAAUAUUAUUUACAUUGGUGGUGUACGAGAUGGCAAAAUAACUAGCGGUGUUGAAAGCUGGAGCUUAAAAACGAAAUCGUGGAAUACAUUGCCUUCAAUGAUUCAGUCAAGAUAUUUUUUAACUGUUGUACUAUUGAAUGGAAAUAUAUACGCGAUUGGUGGAUUGAGCACAGAUAAUCAAUGUACAAAGUCUGUGGAAAA